AUGUCAACACCCUCAGCGGCCAAGCCCUCACGCCCGCCAAGUCGGGGGCCCUCAACGCCCCAGCGCGUGGAGGUACCCUGUUCUGUGCUGCACACAGCCACCAGCCGCACGCUCUGGCUCUGGCUGUUGCUGCUAUCGGCUGGGUGCACCGUCGCGCUGUUGCCAGUGCUGCCACUUGCGAGCACUGCUGAUGGCAGCGUGACUGCAGUCGAUGGACAGCAAUCCUCCAGUGGGCAGAUUGGUUCAGGAGUUGGGAACGGCGCUAGCGGCCCCAGGAUCAGCGGUGCAGGGACAACCAUCAGCGGCAGCACCACGACAGCCACCACGACCAGCCGCCCCAGCAGCAGCAGCAGCAGCAGCAGCAGCAGCAGCAGCAGCAGCGAUGACUAUACCGACGAAGUCCAGCUUCAGCCGGUCUUCUCAGCGCGCGGGCGUAUCACUCGCUCCAGCGCGCGGUACCCAACGGCACAGCGCCUAAAUGCGGCCUUGGCGCCUGGGUAUGGGGCCGCGGCGGCCGCGUCUGAGGCCGACGCAAGGACGCGCCUGGUGAUGACGGCUCGAGACAUCUCGCUGGCGGCGGCGGCGACGGCGGCGGCGAUCCACGCAGCCGACGCUGACGCAAAACCGCCGCAGUCACGCAAAGGCGCGGCGGCGGCCACUGCAUCGGCACGCGGGCCCAACGUGCAAGUGGUCGACCUGCAGCGCCCGCAACCGGGCCAGCCAUACGCCCCGGCGGAAGACAGGAGCGGCGUCGGCGGCAAGGGCGGCGCGCCGGGGCCGGGCGCCCUGGUAUCGGUGGUCGUGAUGAACUGGGCCAAGCCAGAUAGCGUCAAGCAGAUCGUUGACGGCCUGGUGGCUGCCGCGCUGGUCGGGGAGGUGGUGUUGAUGCACAUGCGCCCAGACACGACGUUCGAGUAUGUCCAUCCGCGUGUCACCCAUCUCAUCGAUUACAACGCAGACCUGCGUUUCGGACUCACCAGCAGGCGCGACCCGGGCGGGCGUGGCGUCGCAGCUGAUUAUUGGUUCCUCGGCUGCCUGCGUGCCCGCCACGAACUCGUCCUCCUGCAAGACGACGACAUCCUGCUGUCAGGCGCCGCCAUACAGGCCCUCGUCGCCGCCAAGCGCUCCGCGCCGGACGCGCCGCUGGUCGGCUUCUUCGGGCGCACCUGGCAGGCGGGGCGGCCGGGCUACGUCAUGGCGGAGGUCCCGCCGGGCCGGCACCCGAUAGCUCUCACCGUCGCCUUGCUGGCGACGCGGCGGCUGUGCCGCGCGUUCUUCGACUACUCGCCCCUCGCGGAGGCGUUUGCGAGGGGCCACAGCAGCCCGUUUUGGAACGGCGAGGACAUUUUUCUCAGCCUGGUGGGCUGGAAGACCAGCGGGCAGAUGCCCCUCAUAAUCUCAGCCCCCCAAAAAGGGGACGCCUUCGUCAAGGUGUCUGUUUCCCUCCUCAAGCUGCCGCCCCAAAGCGGCGACGGCAGCGUGGCAGCAGUGUAG